AGGAUUUAAUGCGAUUUGACAUUUGACAUUUUGUGUAAGAUUUUAAAAACAAUUUUUUUUUAUAUAUGCACUACUGACGUCAGCAAAACAUCUAAAGCAACCUAUUUUUCAUUGGCCUUUUGCCUAAGUGGAUUUUUCCACGGGCCUUUUCAACUAGUACAUAUAAAUAUUAAGAUAGGCAAAAUAAGAAAAGUUUCGAAGUGAAUGACAGACAACUUACAAUAAUAUUGUAACUUGUCUGUCAUUCCUAAAAACACUUAAAAACACCACGAUACGACAAAGGGAAACGUUAAUAUAAUGUUAUAACAGUAUAUUAUUCUGGUGAGCAGAAUUUAAUCUUCAGAUAAUUUCAUCAAAAAGCUAGAGAAGACUUGUGUUAAUUGAAAAAGGCUUCAUUCAGCUAAAGUCAUUCAUUGGAAUUUUUUUAUUCAUAAACUCCACCACUUAUGUAAAUACCCUUCUAUAUCUGAUCUACAGUCACUGCAACCAGGUUACCAGUGUCUCUUACGUUAUUUGUCACUCUGUAACACAAAACUAAAAAAAAGGCUAAGAACGAGAUUCUUUUCUUGUUUAAUAAUUUAUACAUAUUCUUAGAUGAAAAUUGUGAGGUAAAAAUGUGAUUUACUUUUUUAAAUGUUUAAAAGUUAUUCUAUAAAAUAAAGAUUUGUGUAUGAAUGGACGCCCAUUGCAUAACAGAGUACAGCAUAUGAAAUUUAAAUUUCAGAAGGAGAAAAAGAAGAAGAAGAUAGUUUUUGUUUACCAAGAUAUGAGUCUGGAAAAUUUUGUAACCUCAUGUCAACAAUGGCUAAGAUUAGCCAUGCUUAUUUUGGGACCGCUCAGAAGUGCACUGUCGGAUGUUCUUCACAACAAUGGUGUGCCGAAACAACCAACAGAUUUAUAUAUCUUGUUAAAUUCGAAAAAAAAUAAACUUAAAAAGUUAAAGAAGAUAGGAGUGAUUACACGACCGCAAUGGGAACUGUUAUAUCCACCUGGUAAAAGUGAAACAGAUUGUAACCUCUUUGAUAUCACGUUGAUUGUAUUGCUUAUUGAAGCAUUGACAUCAAUUGCACCUAAUGAUGGAAAUUGGCGAAAUGAUAAUCCCCCGGAUACAGACACAUCUGUAGGAGCAUUUUGCAUUAGAGGAAGGAAUAUGCGAAACUACCUUAAUCACUUUGCUGAUAUUACAACUCUUAAUGGUUCUGAAUUUUCUCUCAAAUGGAGUGUACUGCUUAAGAUAUUACAUGGUUUAAAUUAUAACCCCCCAUUUAACGUUAAUGAUCUAAAAACAGUAAGUUUAGAUCUUCAAAACAAUUUAUUACUACGAUCAAUUGUUUUGGCCAAUCAAAUUAAGUUAAAUUAUCAUGACACUGAAUUACAUGAAUUAAGAAAUACCAAUAUGUCACUUAGAACUCAGAUAACGUCGAACGUAACUAAUUUGGAGGGAACGUUAUUAUGCAUGCAAAAUGAGUUAUGGUGUAAUUCCCUUGUAAGUGACGAUCUUCUAACACAGAUUAAACAAAUUCACAUGAAUAUGUCACAGAUGCAGAAUGAUAUUAGAUCUAUGAAAAAAGAUGUAAAAGGUUUAUCCAAUCGCACUGAACUUUUGGAAGACGAUGUGUGUAAAUUAAAAGACCAGCAGCAACAUCAGUAUAAUGGUAAGCAAUUCAACCCAAUUAACAACAAACUGUACACACAAACUCAAGAAAUGCAUCUUCUGAGAAGGUCCUUCCCCCUCCUAGCUACGUAAUUAAAUCACGCAGAUAUAAGUAGUAUAUGUAAGCUGGCUUCGUGAUAAGAGCCUUUCGAUAUACCACAGGCAGUAAAAAAAUCCAGGUCACAUCAUAUUUUUAGUCUCUUUACAUCUGAUAUUGUUUUAGCCCAAAAUUU